GCAAGUGAGUGCAGCCUCUCCAGGCCGUGGGGGCCAGGUGGGCGUGAGCGAAGAUUUUAAUUUGAUUUGAAAAUGAGUAAGUGGAGAAAGCCACCAGUUCAGCAGUUAGCAAGUUCUGAGACCUUCAGUCCAGAUGUUCUUGCUAACAUUUUUGAACUCUUCACCAAGAACUUUUCUUACUGCAAGCCACCUAAUAAUGAGUGGCAGUUACCAGAUCCCAGUGAGAUUUUCACCUGUGACCACACAGAGUUUAAUGCAUUUCUUGAUUUGAAAAACUCCCUAAAUAAAGUAAAAAACCUCCUGAGUGAUAAGAAACUGGAUGAGUGGCAUGAGCACACUGCUUUCACUAAUAAAGCAGGAAAAAUAAUUUCUCAUGUGAGAAAGUCUGUGAAUGCAGAACUUUGUACUCAAGCAUGGUGUAAAUUCCACGAGAUUUUGUGUAGCUUUCCACUUAUUCCACAGGAAGCUUUUCAGAAUGGAAAACUGAAUUCUCUACACCUUUGUGAAGCUCCUGGAGCUUUUAUAGCUAGUCUCAAUCACUACUUAAAAUCCCAUCGGUUCCCUUGUGAUUGGAGUUGGGUAGCUAAUACUCUGAAUCCAUACCAUGAAGCAAAUGACAAUCUUAUGAUGAUAAUGGAUGACCGGCUUAUUGCAAAUACCUUGCACUGGUGGUACUUUGGUCCAGAUAACACUGGUGAUAUCAUGACCCUGAAAUACCUGACUGGACUUCAGGAUUUCCUAAGCAGCAUGGCUACCGUUCACUUGGUUACUGCAGAUGGGAGUUUUGAUUGCCAAGGAAACCCAGGUGAACAAGAAGCUUUAGUCUCUUCUUUGCAUUACUGUGAAGUUGUCACAGCUCUUACCACUCUUGGAAAUGGUGGCUCUUUUGUUCUAAAGAUGUUUACUUUGUUUGAACAUUGUUCCAUAAACCUGAUGUACCUGCUAAACUGUUCCUUUGACCAAGUCCAUGUUUUCAAACCUGCUACCAGCAAGGCAGGAAACUCAGAAGUCUAUGUGGUAUGUCUCCACUAUAAAGGCAGAGAAGCCAUCCAUCCCCUGUUGUCUAAGAUGGUGCUGAAUUUUGGGACUGAAAUGACCAAGAAAGCUCUCUUUCCCCAUCAUGUGAUUCCCCAAUCUUUUCUCAAAAGACAUGAAGAAUGUUGUGCAUUCUUUCAUAAAUAUCAACUAGAGACCAUUUCUGAGAACAUUCGUCUGUUUGAGUGCAUGGGAAAGGGGGAACAAGCAAAGCUGAAUAAUUUAAGGGAUUGUGCUGUACAAUAUUUUAUGCAGAAAUUUCAACUGAAGCCUCUUUCCAGAAAUAACUGGCUAGUAAAAAAAUCUAGCAUUGGUUGUAGUACAAAUACAAAAUGGUUUGGGCAGAGGAACCGAUAUUUUAAAACUUACAACGAAAGGAAAAUGUUGGAAACCCUUUCGUGGAAAGAUAAGGUAGCCAAAGGAUACUUCAAUAGCUGGGCUGAAGAACAUGCUAUAUAUCAUCCUGGGCAAAAUUCUCUUUUAGAAGGGACAGCUUCCAAUCUUGAGUGCCUUUGGCAUAUUUUAGAAGGAAAGAAAACUGCCAAGGUAAAGUUCCCCUUCUGCGAUGGUGAAAUUUUAAAGACUCUCAAUGAAGCAAUUGAAAAGUCCUUAGGAGAAGCUUUGAAUUUGGAUUCCAAGUUUAGGCCAAAACAGCAGUAUUAUUGUUCUUGUCACAUUCUUUCUGAAGAACUGAUAUUUUCUGAGUUAGUUAGCCUUACCAAGUGCCUUCGGGAUAGCAGAGGUAGAACUGGUGACCAAAUAAAGUGCCUGCUUGUAGGUUUACCGACUCUCUGUGAUGUCAAAAUACCUAUACCAUUAGAAGUUCGACUCCUUGAAUCAGCUGAACUCAUGGCUUUUGGCUGUUCAUUGCUUCAUGAUGGAGAUCCAGCUUACCAGCAUCUGUUUUUGGACUGCCUUCUAAAUUCAUUACAGCAACUUCAUAUGGGAGAUGUUAUGAUUUUGCCUGUACUUUCUUGUUUAACAAGAUUUAUGGCUGGCUUGAUCUUUGUACUUCACAAUUGUUUUAGAUUCAUCACAUUUUCUUGUCCCAUAUCCUCUGAGCCCCUGAGGACUUGUGCAGUCCUGCUGUGUGUUGGUUAUCAGGAUCUUCCAAACCCAGUUUUCCAGUAUCUGCAGAAUGUGAAUGAAUUGUUGAGCAUGCUUAACUCUAGUGCACCCCAGCAGGUUUUACAGUUUGUGCCAAUGGAGGAGCUCCUUAAGGGGCACUGCUUGAUUUUUUUGUGAUUUGAAUGCCGCCAUAGCAAAAGGCAUUUGCAUUUGAUUAUUCAAGGAGAGAGAGAAGAAAUCAUCAGCAACCUUCAGUUAUGA